CAUUCAGUGGCCAUGUCCUCCAUCAACUUCGUCAGUGCAGAUGCUGUCGAGGAAGCUCGCAAGGCACGUCAAGAAGAAUGGAAUAAGGCAUAUGCGAAUAAAGAAAAUCCUCCGCCUCUGAAGGACGAAGAACCAUAUGAUCCUCGUACGCUUUACGAAAGAUUGCAAGAGCAGAAACAAAAGAAGAAUGAUGCCUUCCUGGAGGCCACCAAGUUUGGAAACCUUAUUCAUAAAAUCGAUAACGAUGAAUUUGACUUUCUCAGCUCUUUGGAAGACGAAGAAGCCAAAAAAAAGAAGGAACUCGCUGAACAGGAAGAAGAAGAGCUGAGAAAAUUUCGAAUGACAGUACAAAGUCAAAAAUCAGCAUCACCACAAGUUCCAAUGCCCCUUCUUACUUCUGCCACUUCCUCUAAUCCAUCAAAAUCACCACCCUCAUCAGCAUCAGUGUCAACACCAGUAUCGGAUCUCGGACUGGGACGAAAAAGAAAGGCAUCACUCUUUUCUGGAUUAGUCAAGCGUACGGAUACCAACAAUAACUCUUCAUCUUCAUCCUCUCCACCCGCAUUAACCUCUACCUCGAAGCCAUCAACAGCGACCGUAUCACCAGAUAAAACUAAACGUAAGGCUGAAGAAUCACCUCAACCAGUAAUAGUAGCAGUAGCCAAAUUGGCACCAGAAAGCAAAGAUACAAACAACAAAAAAGUUAAGUUGGAGGAAAAUAAGGCAACAUCUAUUAUCUCUAGUGCCUCUGCUGCAAAACCAAAAUCAAAUGCGCUGCUUAGCCUGGUAGCAUACGAUUCACAGAGUGAUGAAGAUGAAUAAAAUACAACUUUUACUAUCG